GUUUUCACUGAGGCUGCUUCUCUCCGGUACACCGACCGAAACGGACGGGAGCGAUGGAGGAAGAGUUAAAAUGCCCUGUUUGCGGUUCUCUCUUCAAGGACCCCAUCCUGCUGCCGUGCUCCCACAAUGUCUGCCUGGUGUGUGCCCGGAACAUCACCGUCCAGACCCCGGAGGGAGAGACCCCGGUGCAGAGCAGAGCCUCGGGCAGCUCCGACUACGACUACCUGGACAUGGACAAGAUGAGUCUGUACAGCGAGACCGACAGCGGCUACGGCUCCUACACACCGUGCCAGCUCAAGUCUCCUAACGGGGUUCGGGUUUUUCCGCCGACCCUCCCCCACCGGCACUGCUCUCUCACCUGCCCGCUGUGCCACCGGAGCGUGUCUCUGGAUGAGCGGGGUCUCCGGGGCUUCCCUCGAAACCGGCUUCUGGAAGCACUUGUAGCUCGGUACCAGCAGAACCGCGCCGCCGCCUCCUCCUCCGCCUCCUCCGCCUCCGCCGCCUCCUCCUCCUCUUCCGCGGUCAAGUGCCAGCUGUGUGACCGGAACCCGGUGGACGCGGCGGUGAUGUGCGAGCAGUGCGACGUCUUCUACUGUAACGCCUGCCAGCAGCGGUGCCACCCGUCCCGCGGUCCCCUGGCCAAACACCGCCUGGUGCCGCCUCCGAACCGAGCGGCUGGAGGAGCAGCUGGAGCCGGUGGCGGAGGAGGCGGCAGCAGCGGAGGGCAGCAGCCGCCCGCGACCGCACGGAAACCGGCGACAUGCCUGGAUCAUGAAGCGGAAAACUUCAGUAUGUACUGCUGCACCUGCAAGGCUCCGACCUGCAUGAAGUGUCUGGAGGAGGGGAAACACAACAAGCAUGAUGUCAAACCUCUGGCUGUGAUGUGGAAGCAACACAAGUGCCAGCUCUCCCAGGCCCUGAACGGUGUUUCGGACAAAGCUAAAGAUGCCAAGGAGUUCCUGGUUCAACUGAAGAACAUGCUUCAGCAGAUACAGGAGAGUGGAGUGGAGUUCGAGGCCUGUCUCGUAGCACAGUGCGACUCUCUGAUCGAAGCGCUGACCAGGCAGAAAGCCAAACUGCUCACCAAAGUCACCAAAGAGAAGGAGUACAAACUGAAGGUGGUACGAGACCAGAUCACCCACUGCACCAUGAAGCUCCGUCAGACCACCGGUAUGAUGGAGUACUGUCUGGAGGUCCUGAAGGAGAACGACCCCAGUGGAUUCCUGCAGAUCUCCGACGCCCUCAUCAAGCGGGUAACGUCAUCUCAGGACCAGUGGGUGAAAGGAGCCCUGGAGCCAAAAGUCGGACCUGAAUUUGACCUCACCCUCAACACCGACUCCCUCCUCCAAACCAUCCUGCUGCUAGACUUCUGCCAGGGCAAAGAUGUGCAGGAGAGUCCGUUAUUGAAACAAAUGCAGGCAGCAGACAGUGGUGAGGCUGAGAUGGAGACAGAGAGCCCAGGAGUGGAGUCCGGACCCUCGGUGCCGGCGGCUCCCCUCCUCCAGCUGGAGAAGUGUUGCACCCGGAACAACAGCGCCACACUGGCCUGGAGGGUAACUGCGCCCCCUAGUAACCCCAUCGAGGGCUACAUCCUGGAGCUGGACGACGGCUGUGGAGGACAAUACAGAGAGGUUUAUGUGGGGAAGGAGACGGUGUGUACGGUGGACGGCCUCCAUUUUAACAGCUCCUACAACGCCAGAGUCAAAGCCUACAAUGGCAUCGGAGUGGGGCCGUACAGCAAAACAGUGGUGCUGAAGACUUCUGACGUGGCGUGGUUCACCUUUGACCCCACCUCAGCUCACCGGGACAUUGUUCUGUCCAAUGAAAACCAGACUGUGUCCUGUAACAGCUACGACGACCGCGUGGUGCUGGGAACGGCUGCUUUCUCUAAGGGCGUCCACUACUGGGAGGUCAGCAUCGAUCGCUAUGACAACCAUCCGGACCCUGCCUUCGGUGUGGCGAGGAUCAACACCAUGAAAGACAUGAUGUUGGGGAAAGACGACAAAGCCUGGGCCAUGUAUGUGGACAACAACCGCUCCUGGUUCAUGCACAACAACUCUCACACCAACAGGGCGGAGGGGGGCAUCACUAAGGGCUCCACAGUGGGCAUCCUGCUGGAUCUGACCAAACACACUCUGACCUUCUACAUCAACAAGGAGCAGCACGGACCCACUGCCUUCGAGAACCUGGACGGGGUCUUCGUUCCUGCUGUGAGCCUCAACAGAAACGUACAGGUGACCUUACUGACGGGCUUGGAGGUGCCAAAGAAUAUCAAACAGUAGGAGCCCCUUCCUCCCUCUCGACUGAGCUCUGGAUACAAACCAACGAUGUCAUAUGCAGCCUCAGCUCAGCCCCACAUGGACCUUUUCCAAUCCUAUCAGAUGGGAUUCACCCUCCUCAAGGUGCCCUCUGUCUCGCAUUUUACUCUUCGGUGGGAAAUCACGCUUAGAUCUGAGCUGUUAUCAGCUCUAAGAACAAAGGUUGAAGCUCUUAAAGGGUCGCUACGGAGACGACUGGAGUUGGAUUAGUGGACUUUUGUCAAAUUCCACUUUAGAAAAUCAACACCUCUGUUUUCAAGCUCAUAAAAUCCAAAAAAAAAAACAUACAAAAUUUCCUGCCUGUGACCAACUAAUCGGCCUUUGCACUGUCACAUAAUCAACGCUAAAGACUCUCACACUGUGCUAAGCUUUUCAGUUCGCUUAUGGGAACCUACACUAUAUGGACAAAAGUAUUGGGACACGUUGAAUUCAGGUGUUUGUUUUCUAACA